AUGGAGGGGGGAUCGCAGAGCAACGGCGGGCUGCUGUACCACGAGGUGCAGGAGUCGAAGCUCUGCGCCGUCCACUGCGUCAACACUGUUCUACAGGGCCCCUUCUUCUCCGAGUUAGAUCUCGCCGCGUUGGCUUCUGAUCUUGAUCGAGGGGAGAGACAGAUGAUGAUGAUGGAGACCGACGCGAGCCAGGUCGGGGGUGUCGGUGGCUUCCUCUCCGAGGACUCCUACAAUGUUUCCGUGGACGGCGACUUCAGCAUCCAGGUUGGGGCUCUUGUCUCACUUUUCAGUGUUAAUUUUUUCCGCAGUGCUCGUUGAUUUGAUGUUCUUUUUGUGGCAUUGAAAAUUUGGUAACUGAUAUGUUCUCUGAGUUUUCCCGACGAUGAGAAGUAAGGCGAAUUCUGGAAUUUUUCUUUUUUUUUUGGGGUUCCUAUUAGAUUUUUACUUUUGUUUGAUUAGGAUUUUCCGUGGGGAACAACUAAUGGGCAUGUGCAGUAAAAUGCAAUCGUUGAAUACUUUGUUUUUUCGAAUUCACUUCAUGCGUUUUUCACGAAUAUCAUCCGAAGAACUCCAGGGAACAAUCUUGUCCAUCCUACCGUUGAUUGAUCACAGGUUUUCGUUUAUUCAAGACAAUUAACGCUGAAAUAACGCCGUGGAACGUUGGUUUGUGGUGCUUACUUUAAUUGUAAGAUAUUUGUCCGCAAUAUUGCUUUGGGAGUGACAUUCUUGGCAACUCAAAACCAUUGGGAUAGAACUCAACAAUAUUUUAUGAUUAUUAUUUUCAUUUGCAGAUUAGAUGACUGAAAUCUUAGAAGCUCAAAGUAAAGUUGGGGUUGUAUCCAUUGAUUCCAUAAUGAGAGAACAGAUGAUGACUUGACCAUUUCAAGCAUGGAUCAAAGUGUUUUGCAACAGAAUAUGCACACAUUCAUUUUCACAAGAUUUUCUCCUUACUUCUAUCUAAAGUCUCUUAGUCCACAAAAUCAUGCCUUGGGAAAAAAAAGAAGAAAAGGAAAGGACCCAACCCAACCAGGCCUUGUCCAUAUCCAGACCGGCUCUUGGCUUCUCUUGGUAUGAACCCAAAGCCUGCAGUCAAGGCUUUCGGCCCAUCUCUCCUUUUCCUGCCACUUCCUCUCAAGUUCAAAGAUGUUGAGUCCUGAGAGAACAAUGCAGUGAGGACUCUGGUUCCAGACCCAAAAGCUGCUUUCAUCCCAGUUUUAAGAUAUUAAUUUUUCAGAGAAACAUGUGUUAAAGCACGAUUCUGGUUCUGGACCAGGAAGCUCUUGGGACCUUCUCCGUCAUUGUCUUAUUCUAAUAUGUCAAUAUCACAAAUAACCCCCCCCCCCUCGACACACGUACCCUUUUCAAUUUAUUGUUUAAAACUGCUUCUUUCUUAUCGCUAUGCUCUAAUUUUUUUUCUAGUUAUUAAGAUUUGCCUUAAAAAUAAAUCGAAAUUCAUGCUUUCUGAUAUGCAGUAAGCAGCAGUCCGAUUCAUAUGGGCUUCAUUGAUGCUGACAGCCUAUCGUUGCAGGUGUUACAGAAGGCUCUAGAGGUGUGGGAUCUUCAUGUUAUCCCCCUUGACUCGCCGGUUGCAGAGCCAACCAAACACGACCCUGAGAGAGAGAAUGGGUACAUCUGCCACCUGCAGAAUCAUUGGUUUUGCAUCCGGAAGGUGAAUGGGGAAUGGUACAACUUCAACAGUCUCUAUGCGGCCCCGGAGCAUCUCACCAAGUUUUACCUCUCGGCAUAUCUAGACUCUCUAAUGAGCUCCGGCUGGACCAUAUUCGUGGUCAGGGGCAACUUCCCCGGGGAGUGUCCGAUCCCACCCUCUGAUUCAUCGAAUGGGUUCGGGCAGUGGCUCACACCUGAGGAUGCCGAGAGGAUAACAAAGUCAUGCAAUCAGAAGCGAGUCACUGAACAGAGAGCUGAUGCGGGUGAUGCUGACGAGAUUUCCCAGGAAGAGGAGGCCGACCUCAAUGCCGCUAUACAGGCCAGCUUGAUGGAUGCCUCUGCAUUUGCUGCCGAUGGCUGCCAGACCACUGGUGAACCCCUGCACAGCGGCUCGCAAGCAGAUGAUACUGCGGGCUCCAGCAGCGGCGGUGGCGGUGGGUCCAUGCUGGCCAGUUCUGAGAGGAUGCUGAAGCCUUGUAGCCAAAAGGAGGAUGCUACCUUUGGAGGCGAUGCGCCAGCGCCCUCCAUCGAUGUUGAAGGUGGGAUCUCAGAUGAGGAGGAGGCAAAGCUCCUGAGUGCAGCGAUCGAGGCCAGCUUGGCGGACGCCUCGGAGUUUGCCGCUGGGUUUACGGAGCAGGACGACAGCAGGUACCAUGGAGUCCACCGCAGUUGA